AUGCCGCCCCUUCGAUCGACCAUCUCCAGCCACGAUAGGAGGCUCCCUUCUAAACCACUCCCGCCGACCAGGGGGGUCUCAGCGACAGGAGUAGGGACUGGUGUCCGCCCGAGGCUGUCACCUCCGCCCUUCUCGUCACCUCCUCCUCGAUCGCUUGUACCUCCUCGACGGCCGACAGGACAAACGCACAUGCUAACGACAGAAGCACCCGCUCCUACCCAGUCCAAGACCGAGAGGCGGAUUACCCCCUGUGUCGAGUUUGCCAACAGACUGUUGAACCUGCUGUCUGUGCCGAAUGAUAUACCUGCCGCGGAAGAGCUUACUGAGGAGAUUACUGAACAUAUUGACAAGCUUCAUUUGCUUUGCCAACGGCCUCAGCCCUCCUCCUCUGCGCAGCAUCAUCAGCAGCAGCACUCGCCCGAAGAAAUUGACAUUGAUGGUGUUGGUGUCAAGUUGUGGAAUUUAUGCACGAGAUUAUGGCGGGACUGCAACGACCCGAUCAACCCACCUGAGGCCCCCAAUACUCGGCUGAGGAAACUUGCGCUCUAUGGCAAGGCGCUGGGGUUUUGGCUGGUGGUGUUUGCCCGCUCGGCCAGGAACAAGAGGAAGAGGAGGAGUGAUCUGGUGGAUGUGAUCAAACUCGGUUUGAAGAUAACAAGGGACUUGGUGGGAACGAAGGAGACGAAACUGUCGGGGAAUGCGCUGCAGAUUGUGGCCGAUCACAAAACUCAUUUGCAAGAUUUGGGACGGGAAGGCUGGAUGGAGGAAGAGGUUAGUGAGGUGAAUUGUUUGGAGGUGGAGUACUUCAUCUGGAGGACGGCGCUGGCGUGGGUGGAGGGGAGGUUGGAUGUUGCCGAGCAUAUGUACAGCAGUGCUGAGCGCCUGAGGGGGUUUCUCACGAGGGAUUAUACCGAGAGGUUGGCGGAUGUGCUGUAUGAGAUUGGGAAGAGUCUGAGCGGGAAGGAGGACUAUAAGAUCGCAGUCAAGUGGUUGGAGAGGGCGAAUGAGGUGGUGAAUAGUGUGGGUGUUGAGCAGCUUACGAGGGAGGGGGUGGAGCUGAGGUUGGCGAUUUUGCAGGCGUUGAUUACUGCGUUGCUGGGGACGGGAACGGAGGAGAAUUAUGGGAAGGCGAAGAAUUAUGUUGAUUUUGUGGAGGUGGAGAUGGGGAAUAAGAUGGUGGUUUGUUUGUUGAAGUUGGAGGUGAUGUAUAAGACGCCUAAUGCGGAGGUGUUUGAUGAGGAGGGGUAUGCGGAUGUGUUGAGGCAUAUGAUUAGGAACUUUGAUGGGAAGAAGGGGAUGGGGUCGGGGGCGGAGUUCAAGUUGGUUGUGCAUCAUGUGAGGAGGUUGCAUGAUAAGGCUCCUGGGGCGGGGUGUGCGGUGAUGGAUGAUUUUAUUUUGGUGUUGAGGACAUUGGGGGGAACUGGUGGGCAAGAGUUUAUGGAGAAGGCGUUGGUGACGAGGAUGUGGAUGAUGACGCAGCAGAGGGAUUCGAUGGAGACGGUGAGGAGGUUGGGCGAGUUGUUUGGGAAUGUUGCGAGGGCUGUGAGCGCUGAGGCGGCGGUUGCUGCGCAGGCGCUGUUGUGGAAGAAGUUGGAGUUGUCGUAUACUCAGGGGGAAUACGCGCUUGCCGAGGCUUGGUGUCAGUUGGCGUUGGCGCCCAUCUUUGAGAAGGGCGGUCCUGGGAAUAACGCAAAGCUGGAAAGCAUGGAAACGGCAACAAGAGUCAUCAACGACAUGUCGGCUACGAGCUGGAAGGAGCCCAUGACCGCAUAUCUUGCCUUCAAAGUCGCCAUACGGACUGAAGACCGAGUAUUGGCUGGAAAAUGUCUCGAAACUAUCAGUCAGAUACCUGAACAUGUCGACUUUCUGGGGGCUUGUAUUGCAGAGUCCCAGAAGGCUGGGGACGUCAUCUGUGCUAUUGCCGCUCUCAAGAAGCUGCAGGAUCGAUAUGAGUACAAGGAGCCGAAUCCGAUACAUUUGCCGGCGUUGUUCAGGUGUACCAUUCGACUAUUGAACAUGCUCGUUGAUAGGGCAGACGCUGGUGAAAACGGGGUUGUUGAAGACCUUUGCGAUAUGUUUGAUGCUGUCGUUGUCGCCCUCGAAAAGCAGAAGAAAGAGAAUCCAAGACGUAAGCUGUUUACGGUUGACGAACUCGAGUGGUUCAGCCGCAACUCUUAUAACCUCGCUCUGAAGAACACAACAACGUGGGACCUACGGUACAUAGUCAGAAUGCUCACCUCUUGCGUUCAUAUCACCGGCCACUUUCCGCCUGACAUGGGAGGGUCUCAGCUUGUUGAGAUGGGUUUGAAGAUGCUCUUUUCCCAGUUCAUCAUUUCCUCGGCGUUGGUCUCCCAAGCAAGGGCGGAAGACAAUGUCACGAAGCAACUAGAAUAUUACACCGCCAUGCGAGAACAUGUUUUGGCAUUCGAUACCGACCUUCCAGAGCUUUUGCCACGGCUAGACGAACACUCGAGGGAUGACAUGCUAAGGAAACACGCCACGCUGCUGACGUUUGACUUUGAAGCCGCGGUAGUGCUGGAAGCGUGGGAUGAUUUGGGUGGGAUUGUGCAAAGAGCAGUCGGCUGCAAAAGUGUGACGGCUUUUCAGGCUAUGGCGGAUAGUUUGCUCCGAGCGAGAGCUCCAGGACAAGUUCUGUACUCAACCAUGCGAAAACUUGUCAAUGAGAUUUGGGCGCUCGAGGCGUUUGACGCGGUGAAAUUGGCAAAGUAUACGAGGUGUUUGUUCCAGGCUACGUUGCCGGUGGAUGACGGGUUGGCGAUGAGGCUGCUGGAAGAGGCGUGCGGGAAGGCGAGGGAGUUAAGGGAGAGCGAGGCUGGCUGGCCGGAGGAGGAGCUGGAGUGGAUGGCUGCUACGGCGUUUAAUCACGGGAUUGAUUGUUUCGCUGCUGGGGAGAGGGAGAGGGCGAGGGGGUGGGGGGAGGGGGCGGUGAAGCUGGCGGGGUUUUGUAGGGAUGGGGGUGGUUUGGAGGGGGUUUUGAGGGGGAAGUUGGGGAGGUUGGAUUUGGGCUAG